AUGUUAUGUAUCGAUGACCCAAACAUUGGUGACCAGAACAUCGGUUACCCCAAGAUCAGUAACCCUAGCAUCAGUAAUCGAACAUCGGUGACCCCAUCAUUGGAUACCCAAACAUCGCCCAACAUCAAUGAUCAAAUAUCAGAAAACACAAUAGGUGAUCCUAACAUCGGUGACCACUACAAAAUCAAUCCAAGGAUCAAUAACCCCAACAUCACAAAAAUCGGCGACCCUAAUAUCGGUUUCUCCAACAUCGGUGACCCUUACAUCGGUGACCCCACCAUCGGUGACCCUUAUAUCGGUCACUCCAAUAUCGGUGACCCUUAUAUCGGUGACUCUAACAUCGGUGACCCUUAUAUCGGUGACCCAAACAUCGGUGACCCUUAUAUCGGUAACUCCAACAUCGGUGACCCUUAUAUCGGUAACUCCAACAUCGGUGACCCUUAUAUCGGUAACUCCAACAUCGGUGACCCUUAUAUCGGUAACUCCAACAUAGAUGACCCUUGUAUCGGUAACCCAAACAUCGUCGACCAUUAUAUCGGUAACCCAAACAUCGGUGACCUUUAUAUCGGUAACCCAAACAUCGGUGACCUUUAUAUCGGUAACCCAAACAUCGGUGACCCUUAUAUCGGUCACUCCAAAAUCGGUGACCCUUAUAUCGGUAACUCAAACAUCGGUGACCUUUAUAUCGAUAACCCAAACAUCGGUGACCCUUAUAUCGGUCACUCCAAAAUCGGUGACCAUUUUAUCGGUAACCCCAACAUCGGUGACCUUUAUAUCGAUAACCCAAACAUCGGUGACCCUUAUAUCAGUAACUCCAACAUCGCUUACCCUAAUGUCGGUGACUACAACAUCGGUGACCCUUAUAUCGGUGACUCUAACAUCGCUUACCCUAAUAUCGGUAAAUCCAACAUCGGUGACCCUUAUGUCGGUGACUCUAACAUCGGUGACCCUUAUAUCGGUGACUCCAACAUCGGUGACCCUUAUAUCGGUGACCCCAACAUCGGUGACCCUUAUAUCGGUGACUACAACAUCGGGGACCCUUAUAUCAGUGACCCCAUCAUCGGUGAUCCUAAAAUCGCUGAAUCCAUCAUCGGUGACCCUUUUGUCGGUGUCUCCACCAUCGGUGACCCUAAUAUCGGUUUCCCCAACAUCGGUGACCCUUAUAUCGGUGACCCCAACAUCGGGGACCCUUAUAUCGGUGACUACAACAUCGGGGACCCUUAUAUCAGUGACCCCAACAUCGGUAAUCCUAAAAUCGCUGAAUCCAUCAUCGGUGACCCUUUUGUCGGUGUCUCCACCAUCGGUGACCCUAAUAUCGGUUUCCCCAACAUCGGUGACUCCAACAUGGGUGACCCUUAUAUCGGUGACCUCAACAUCGGUGACCCUAAUAUCGAUAAACUUUGUACAUACUCUAACUUCUGUAUUUCUUAUCCAUUUUAA